AGCCUCGGCAGGGAGGGGUAGAGGAGGUGGGGGCGGGAGGCCGACGGAAGGCAGGAGAGCAGACAGUUUCCAAACAGUGCCGGAAAAUUGGUAAGGAGAGAAGAUUUUAGAAAGAGGGAGCAUGGGUCAAGGACAGAAAGGUAAAGAUGGCGGGAAGAGGAGAGAAGAUAGCCCGGCGCCGGACGACGGCCAUAAGUGCAGAGUGUGUCGCUUCCCUCUGCUGGUGGCCCUGCUUCAGCUGCUCCUGGGGGUGGCCGUCACUGUUGUGGCCUUCCUCACAUUGGCCAUCAGCCCCUCGCUGCUGGCCAGGGAGACGCCACACUGGGCCGGGAUCAUUCUGUGCUUGGUUUCCAUUGUGGGCUUCAUCCUGUACUGCGUCACCUAUCACCCGGACGAGCGCUCGUCUGUGCAGUUCAUCGUCAAGCUGCUGUACUUCGCCCUGUGCGCCAUCGGCCUGGUCGUUUCCGUGCUGGUGGCGUCCUUCGCCGGCUAUCACCACGCUCAGACCAGCAGCUUCAGCUGUCAGCCAGCCGCCGAGGACUGCCUGUGCACUUUGGAGCCACACGAGCCGAUCGCUCGCACCUUCACCUACGAAGGAGUGGGCGACUGCCUGGAGGUCACCGAGACGCUGACGCUGUACCACUUGUUGCAGAUUGUGCUGAACUCGGUUCAGGCGUUGGUCUGUGCUGUGGGCGCCUUCCUCAUGUGGAAGCACCGCUACCAGGUCUUCUUCGCCGGUCUGCAGAUCGCAAACUUCCGGCAGUGGCGCAAGGUGUAACGUGGCGACGCGGUGGACACGCCCCCUUUUUUUUGCUAUCCACCUUCUGUGGUUGUUGUUGUCAUUACAAUAACAUGAUAUUGUCUUUUUGUACACAUUUGAAGAAAUAUUGUAACAUUCAUUAUUUUUCAAAAAAAUGACUCACGCUAACGUGCACAUUUCUUUCACAAAAUUUGACCACUAAAAUCCUGAAAAUCAUAAAAUCAAUUAUUAUUAUUAUUAUUACAAAUAUUUCCAGUUCUCUCAAUGAAUGCCAUCCUAAAAUCCAACUUGCAUGAACAUCAACGUUGCUUGUUUUAAAUGCAUUGCAGUGCAGCUAAAAAGUCUCAUUACUCUUGCUGUUGUUAACCUUAUAAUAUUUUGAUGCGCCAAGCAAACCAAAUAAAACCACUAAAGUCAAACUUUUACACAGUAAA